AUGGCGACCUGGACACCUAUACCGACUCCAUGGUCACGGCCUCCAGAGAAUACUAUCAAGGCACUGGACAAGAAUCCGAAGUUGAGCGAUAUCAUCCGUGUUUUACACUGCACCUCAGGCGACUACGACUCUCUUACCCGUCCGAUCGAAGACCUCUUAGACGCACUCGACAUCGAUCCUGACGCGAAGCUAGGAAGUAAGGUCAAUAAGCAGGCAAUUAACGACAUCGUCCAGAUACUGAAAGAUGACACUCUCUUUCGACCCAUGUUAACGUGGGCUGAGAGUCAAGGGGAAGCGACUAGCAACGUUAACAAAGCCAUCAAGUGUAUCAUCCAUAACGUACACGCCAGAAGGAAACGCAGCUUUCGCAAAGAAUCGAAGGAUCAUCUCCCCAGCGCCUCACCGAAAAUUCCCGUAAUUUCGACCCCCCAACAUCAGAACAGUCCCGUUAUCAAAACUAAAGUGUCUCCGAUUGAUAAGGACCCCGAAUUUGUUCUAAUUAAAGCGGACAUCGAUGCCGAAGCAUACUACAGACUCGUCCCAUCCGGACCGGCGGCUAACACUGCGUUCGAUAAGUUGAAAGCGGAAUGGACAACUAAAGCUCCUACGGACCAUCGAUCACAGGAAUGCAUCUCCUUCAAAGUUUUGGAUGGAGGUUUCCCAGGAGCGAUUGUCGAAGAUGGGGGAAUUCUCAAAAUACUGGCAACGAGAGCUAAGAAGAAUCACGAAACCCUGGUUCUUAUUGCUCAAUAUGGCGAACGCGUCAGACUCGAACACCCCGCCCCUUCGAUUCUAACGAUCCCGCUGAGAGCGUCAUACCUAGUGUUGAAAAUCGAAGUAACAGGAGGUAUUGCACCGACAGACCAGAGCACGGGCCGACGAACGAUGGAGGACAGAGGAGAAGCACAAGCGGCGAGCACUGAGAUUGGGACGAGAUUUGUCGACUCGGGUUGA